CCCAACACACUAUAUAUGGUGUCAGGUACUCAUUUUAGACAGCUGGGGAGAGUUUACUGUGCUACAGAGGUAUCAAACCAGCGCUACACAGAGCACAAGAAAGCACGUCUCCAUCGGCCGCCAUGUUUCAACAACCGCGUAGCAAGGGAGAUCAUUCACGCUUCAACAUCAGCGAGGACGCGGACGAUGGACGACGACUGGCCUUCAGACGACGCUUUCUGGCUAGAAGAGGGAAAUCGUUUGCCCGAAACGAAAUUACAGACGGAAACUGAAGUCAGAAAUGAAGCUUGCAUUCAAAGUGAGAAAAAGCAGAAAGAGUUGUGGGAACCUGAGAACGUUGAAUUACAGGAAGAUAAUGUUGAUGCCGCUGAAGAAGAGGAAGAAGCCUGUACUUUCGGAGACCCUGAGAUGGAACUGACAAACAUUCCUGAGAUUCCAGUGGCCAAGUAUGAAUAUCUUGAUCACACAGCUGAUGUGCAGUUACAUUCCUUUGGCGCAGAUUUAAAGGAGUCUUUUGAACAGGUUGCCAUAGCAAUGUUUGCCUACAUGACGACUGACAUUAGUAAGGUGGAAAUGAAAAGCCGCCAUGAAAUAUAUGCUGAAGGGGAUGACUUAGAGUCAUUACUUUAUCACUUUCUGGACGAGUUGCUCUUCCUGUUUUCAGUAGAACCAUUUAUCAUCUGCAGGGUGGUAAGGAUUCUGGAGUUUGAUGACGUGAAUUUCAAAAUUCAUGCAGAGGGUUUUGGAGAGCCCUUUGACAGGAGCAAACACCCACCGGGGACAGAGGUCAAGGCUAUCACCUACUCCAACAUGCAAAUUCAUAAGGAUUCAGAAACACAUGACAUUUUUGUCAUCAUAGAUAUAUAAACUGAUAUAAGGUGAAGGCCCAGUAUUUCUUAUGCUGGUUCUCAUGAGGCCUGAAAUAGUCCAAUGUGCAGCUAAAAAGAGAUGAUCCCUGUUCCAGUUAAUGUUGAAGAUGCUACUAUUGCUCAACAUGAGUGUUAAAGACUACAACAUACACACUCAUAUCGUCUAAAACUGAUAAGUAUUUAGCACUUAACUCUACAAUCAGCUGCCUGUGUUGCCUAUCAACCUAUUUUUCAACUGUUACCAAAAUGACACAAUCGACAUAAUUGUGUUCUUGUCCAUAACAAUCACAUUUUGGGUCAGAGUCAUCCAUGGUUGUAUGCAAGCCAGCAGCAUAACCAUUAUAAUCACAAUGUGUUAUUAGAAGCUAAAACAUUCUUUGAGAAGAGGCUUUACUCCAAGUGUAACUAUAUUUUCUUUCAAGAGAUGUAAACUGUGUGUGGCUAAAUGAAGAAAUGAAGUAAAGUUUAGCAAUUGUUUUGAUCUUCUUGAGCUAUGAUAUGUAGAUGGUGUUUAAAAAAAGAUAAUUAUGGACUACCAAAAGUUAUAGAGGAUGACAGGCUGUUGAUAAGUCAGACGAAGUUUGGGAGUUUGCUGCUGUGUGAUGUACAGACACAGGUAAAUAAGCAUCUUUGUGUGCAUAUGUGUGUGAGAGAGAAUAAGAGAAGCAUGUACGAGAGAACGUUCAUGUAUACUUCUAUGUCUGAUGAUGCAUCCAUUCAUAACCAGUGUGAAUGUAAACCUUGAAAGGAUUUGAAGUUAACAUACAUCUUUAAAAAAUAAUAAAUCUGGAAGAGAAAACAUGCACUCAGAA